AUGCCUCGCAAUCCAGCUGCAAAGAUGGUUGGCUCAGGUACGAAGGACACAUCUCAAGGUCCUGCUUCAGCAACUCCUCCUGUGUCUCAAAAGCGACCCUCAGCAAAGCUUGAUCCCCUCACAGGAUUAGCGGAACAUCUGGCGCCGAGGACCUUCACUGUCAAGAAGUACUACGAUACUCUGUCUGGUACUACAUCCGACAACUGCUCCUUCCAUUUGAAGCCUCAAGAUGAGGAAUUCUUCAUCACCGGAAUACCUGCAGAAGUACAGCAUCACUUCCGUGACAUUCUCAACGUCAUCCCCGGAGUCACCCUUUCGACGCUGGCUGGUCAUGGAUUUGUGUCCCACUCGGUUGCUUGGAGAGUCGGAAAAACCGUCACGACUUGGGGAAGAUGGGACGAGGUGGUCAAAGUUUUCAGCGCCAAACCACACAAGGAGGAAAUCUAUAAUGAUCUCGCAGUCGGUCUGGGUCGACGCGGACAUCCGAUCACAAAGAAGAAGGCAAGAUCGGAAACUUUUGAUAUCCAUGAGGAGAAGGGCAUGGCAGCAGGAGAAGGAGUCAAUACAUGUUCUGCAGCUGCUGAAGCCGUUUCCCACGAGCAACGGUCCCGCUCAACAUCUGGAGCGAAAAGUGGGAAUGUAGCAGGAGACGCAAGCCCCAUUGAGACCCAGCCUCAGACGCCAAUGCAUCCUUCAAUCUCCCCACGGCCAACAAAGCGUCCGCGCCCAGACGAGCCUGGAACGAUGUUCGACCGGGCGCUGAAAGGUUUCGAUCACUGGCGUGACACGCUCAGGGAGGCAUGUCGCUCUAGCAACGACAUGACCGAGGAAGUUGCGAAACUGAAAGCCGAUAAUGCGCGACUGGAAAAGGAGAAAAUUGCUACGCAGAAGGAGAACGAGGCCCUUCGGGCGAAGGCCACAAACAGCGCGGAACUCGAGACCGAACUUGCCAAAGUAAAGUCGGAGGACAGUCUGCUCAAGGCUGACAUCGAAGCACUGCAAGACCUCGUUGGAAUGUGGCUGGCUGGGGUGAACGUGGACAACUUCUUGAAGGAGGUCAGGGAGGGCAAGGAUGUGAAAGGGCCUUUCUUCGCUGCCAGCAUGAACAAGUGA